GGCUUUCCGUAAGUCAACUGCAGUGCGAGGUCAAUCCAGGAUGGAAAGGCCCCCGUCGUACAGCGGGUGACGGGCGUGGGGUUGGCGGUCGGGGUUGCGGGUGCUUAUAAGGGGAGGAGCUUGGAGGCAGAAGGAGGGCGCAGUUCACCUUGGGCGAGGCAUUCGAACCUGACCUGAGAGGGGACGACAUUCGUGGUCCUCAGUGACAAAGGCAGUCGCCCCGAGCAACGAGUGAAGGACACAUGGAGGAACACGGGACGUUGUAAUUCUCCAUGGAACGGAUACAUUUUGUUUCCACCAUCCUUUCAAAUUGACUGUUCGAUCUUUCGAUACAUUCUCUGGACGACUGAACGUCCCGAACAGACAAUGGAGGGCUGAAAAACGGGGAUCUUUCGGGGAGAUCUGCUGGUGUGGGAUAGCAUGGCUGAGGUUUAAGGGGGUGAAUUUGGGAGUUAGAAUAUUGGGAAUCGAUAUAGAAUACUCGACUCGGGCUGCAAUGGCUUCCAACGCGACUCUACCAAAAUGUCCCUCGCCUAUGAAAGCAACAUCCGAUGGGGUCUGGCAAGGAGACAAUCCCAUCAAUUUCGCUUUCCCUCUACUCAUCAUCCAAAUUUGUUUGGUGUUGUUUAUCACUCGAACUCUGGCACUGCUCUUGAAGCCUAUGAGACAACCUCGGGUGAUCGCAGAAGUUAUCGGUGGUAUUCUUCUGGGACCGUCAGCACUGGGCCGAAAUGCACACUAUCUGGCGUCGAUUUUUCCGAAGCCUAGCUUGACUGUACUGGACACGGUGGCCAACAUGGGGCUCUUAUUCUUCUUGUUCAUGGUGGGACUCGAGUUGGAUUUGAAGGUACUACGAAGGGUCGGAAAGCAAGCGUUUGUGAUUUCAGCAGCUGGUAUCGCCAUACCUUUCGUAGCAGGAGUUGGAGUAUCAUUCGUACUCCAUCAUACCAUUGCGGGAGACGGAGAUUUUCUGCCAUUUCUGGUCUUCAUGGGGGUGGCGAUGUCCAUCACCGCGUUCCCAGUGUUGGCACGAAUUCUCGCUGAGCGGAAGCUUUUGACAACGGACGUGGGACAGCUCGCCAUGUCUGCGGCUGCAGUGGACGAUGUGUGUGCCUGGGUGCUUCUAGCCCUUGCAGUCGCGCUCUCUGGCCAGAAGAAAAGCCCCACGGUUGCCAUUUGGGUCCUCCUGUGCGGAGUCGCCUACGUGAUUUUCAUGUUCGUGGUAACGAGUCCUCUGAUGCGCUACAUCACCCGAAUGACACCCGAGGACGAGCCAAUCAAGGAGACUUUCAUCUGCCUCACCUUCGCUGGAGUUCUCGUAGCCGGAUUCACAACCGACGCUAUAGGAAUUCAUGCAAUUUUCGGUGCCUUUGUUUUCGGCCUUGUCAUACCGAAAGAGGGACGAUUUGCAACAGACCUGUCCGAGAAAUUAGAGGACUUCGUAUCGGUGCUCAUGUUGCCCCUCUACUUUGCCUCCAGUGGACUCAAGACCAACGUCGCCACCAUAGCCGGUGCACAAUCGUGGGGCCUUCUCGUUCUCGUCAUUGCAGUAGCAUGUGUUGGAAAAAUUAGCGGUGUAUUUGGAGUGUCCUACUACUUCACUCGAGAUGUUCGAAAGUCCAUGACUCUGGGAGUGCUCAUGAACACGAAGGGAUUGGUGGAGCUCAUCGUCCUCAACAUCGGUAAAGACAAAGGGGUGCUGAAUGACGAGGUAUUCGCAAUAAUGGUUCUGAUGGCAUUAGUGACCACUUUCAUGACGACACCAAUCGUUAUGGCGAUCUACAAGCCGGCCAGAGAUGUGAAGCCGUACAACCGCAGGCAGCUGUUCAUGGAUGCAUCCAAGGACGAACUACGCAUUCUGGGUUGUGUAAAUGGAAUCAGCCACGUACCGGGAAUGAUCAAUCUCACGGAGCUGGUGAGAGGGCAGAGCAUUCGCACGCUCCGACUGUACAUCCUGCACUUGAUGGAGCUCUCGGAGCGAUCGUCCGCCAUGAUGAUGGUGCAGCGAGCUCGCCGAGACGGACGGCCAUUCUUCGAGGCAGGCGGUCAAGGCAGGACCGACAACAUCGUCGUGGCGUUCGAAGCGUUCGGCCAGUUGAGCAAAGUGGUGGUGCGCCCCAUGACUGCCAUCUCAGGCUACGAGAACAUGCACGAAGACAUUUGCUCCACGGCCGAAGACAAGCGAGCGGCGAUGAUCCUCAUCCCGUUCCAUAAGAAUCUCACGGACGCCGGAGCGAAGUCGAACCCGGACAUUCGAGCCGUGAACCGCAAGGUGCUGCAGCAUGCGCCGUGCUCAGUGGCCAUGGUCCUCGACCGAGGCCUGGGAGGCGCUGCGCAAAUCGCCCCCGCCAGCGUCCGCCACAACUGCGUCAUUCUCUUCUUCGGCGGCCCCGACGAUCGAGAAGCGCUCGCCUUCGGCAUGCAAAUCGCUCAGCAUACGGGCGUGUCGCUCAAAGUCAUCCGCUUCGUGAGUGGUCUGCCCGACGACCUGCACCGCAAUGCGCCCAAGGGCUACUCGUCGUCGGCGGAGGCAGGCGAGGGCCAUGCCACGGUCGCCAGAAGCUCUCUUCGUCAGUCCAGUCGCUUCUUCAUGGACUUCGAGGGCGAGUCUGAAUCCGAGAGGACUCUGGACGAGGCGGCUCUCGACGCAAUCCGACUGCCCAAGGUGGAAACCGGAGACGAAUUCCUUACCUACGAGGAGAUUCCUAUCGCCGAUCUCACGGAAGGAAUCACGACUCUGGCCGUCUCCAGCGAGUACGAUUUCAUCCUCGUGGGUCGGGCGAGGCGGCCAUCGACUCUUCUUGCAGUCCUGGCAGCUGGAGCUGUCCGCCAGCAUGCGGAAUUCCCCGAGCUUGGCCCGGUGGGAGAGAUUCUCACCUCGAAUCAAAUUCGGGCUUCCAUUCUCGUCGUGCAACAGUAUGAUGCAAAGCAGGUCGGCUUAUCGCAGCCUCUGGGUCACAGUCGUCACAGAUCGUCAACUAUCCAACCCAACCUCAACGACGUAGUGUAGUCGGCCACACAAGAGGGUCUACCUUGCACACGAAGUUCCAACAACUUCAUCACCGAAGUCUGCACGCACUCCUGCUGCUCAGGAGCAUCAUCACCCCACCACCGUCUCGUCUCGUUCUUGCUUUUUAAUAUUAAAGACGACCUCGUGCGGGAGGUGGGUUCUCCAGCCAAGUUGGGACAGGAAGAUUCAACAAUGACUCAAAAUCUCCACUCACCAUAAACACGAUUCAGACAACCACCCACCUCCUGUACUAGUAUGAACUAGUCACACUGGAAAAUUCUAGCCUAGUCUUAAUGACAUCAGGUAUACCUCGACUCGGUGUAUUUGAGCUUUGACAAUGUAGAUACCAUUACCAUCAUCAUUUUCCUCCUCCUCCUCCUCCAAAGCAUCGGAAAAAUCGAUUGCAGCGCGACUGAGUCAUAGGUGUAAAUGAAAGUGAGACAGAGUUACAGUCGUUCCUCUGGCUGUGUUCGUGUAUUAACCGUAUACAGAGAGUAGGACCCAAAGGCUCGGAAGGCCGGAUAUCGUCAUCUUCACUCACUUUUCGUCAUCACUUUAUUUGAAUCAUAACAAUGCAGUAUAAAGAAACGCUAUGUAGUCAGAAGCGUAUUUGUCGACAUUUGUAUUAUUGAAGCUCUUGUCGUGGGCCCGACUGUCCACGACGGAGAAGAGUGUAUUAAACUUCUGUACAAAGUAGAAACAGCAGAAUAAUCGGUUUGGUUUACAUCCGAUGCAGUUUAUGCAAUAAACACUUUUCCUGUACGGG